GUCCGUUUUGAUCGCGUUAUUACGGUAACAGCACCCGGAAAUGCGCGAAUAUUCACAUAUUUUUACGUUCGUACAAGCAUGAUCCAAAAUCCGCGUUGCUCGUAUGCAGUGUUCCAGUACAACCGGCACCGUAGUAUUUCUGCGUCGCAUGCCGAAACGCGUUCUGUGGAUGCCUGCGCUUUCGCUGUAACGUCUCCGUAGAAACACGGCUCGUAGUCUUUUGGGACAUUUGUUGUCGCCGCUAUCCCACGUGUUGCAGAAGAGACAAAUACAUCGCAGAAUCCCGCCAGCGAGCGAGCUGCAUCGAGAGCUUGAAGUCAUCGCUGUCACUGCGAGAUAUUGCAAUCCUGUAGUCUUUACAGUUCACAUCUCCCAUUCCUUCCAAAGGCUAUACAAUGAGCGAAUACUUCUCGCUGUCGGAGUGUGAUGUAAUUGGCUUUGACUUGGACCACACGCUCUGUCGAUACAAUUUGAAGGAGACCUCCAGGCUGAUCUAUGAGAGUUUUGCACGGUAUCUGGUGGGACACAAGGGCUAUGAUAAAGAUCUACUUCAUUUGACACCUGCUACUUGGGAUUUCUGUUUUAAAGGUCUUGUGGUGGACCUUGAGGAGGGCAACCUGGUCAAGUUGGCAGAGGACGGUACUGUCUUGCGAGCAACUCAUGGCACUAAAGACCUUAGUACUGACGACAUCAUAAAGCAUUAUGGUCCAAAAAGAGAAUGGAAGCAUUUUAAUAGCCUCAAUACCUCGUACACACGAUCUGCAAAAUACUAUUUUUAUGACAACUAUUUUGACCUCCCUGGUGCUCUUCUCUGUGCCGGAGUGGUGGAUAUGUUGAAUAAGCGAGGAGCUGAAAUCACAUCUGACUUUUGGAAAGACAUUGUUGCUGCCAUUGACCAUAACUACAGCACAUCUGCAUUUCGGGGUAUGUAG